GGUAGGGUUUAUCCGCUGAACUCCGCAAAGGUUCUAGGCGCGUCGCAGCCUCAUCAGGCACCCAGCACACACCCUGUCCGCAGCCAAGAUGCCCAAGAGGAAGGUCAGCUCAGCCAAGGAGGCGGCCAAGGAAGAGCCUAAAAGGAGAUCGGCGAGGUUGUCGGCUAAACCUCCUGCAAAAGUGGAGACGAAGCCAAAAAAGGCCGCAGGGAAGGAUAAAUCUUCAGACAAAAGAGUGCAAACAAAAGGGAAAAGGGGAGCAAAGGGGAAACAGGCUGAAGUGGCCAACCAAGACACUAAAGAAGAUUUACCUGCAGAAAAUAGAGAAACUGAAAAUGAGGAGAGUCCACCCUCUGAGGAAGCAGGCGAGAAAGAAGUCAAGUCUGAGUAA